UGUCCGUUUCCCAGGUUGCUCUUCUUCGUUGGUACUCUACAUCCUUUCUAUUUAAACCCCGAAAACCCACAAAGUUAAUGAUUUUGACUUCGAGAAUUCACAGAUAAAACGAAAAGGAGUGAAGAACGAUGGAAGAAGGCGGUGUCAAAUUGGACCAAUGGGGGUAUCAGGUUUCAACUUCCUCUCAAGCCUGCGUUUCAGCCAUCAACUCCUUCUACCAACAGGUUCUGAGCUAUGGCAGAGAGAGGAGUGUGAUUCUAGAAGCAGUGGUACAUGACAAACACUGUGUUUUGGCCAACGUAUUAGCAGCUCAUUUUCUUCACUCUUCUUCUCAAGCUUCCAGUUAUUUUGAUGCUGCUAAAUCACACCUCGAACAUGCCACCUUAUACGAGAAAUUAGUUUUCGAUGCCAUCAGUUAUUUGAUGUCCCAAGAUAGAGACGAUGAUGUAGCUAUUGAAUUGCAUUCCAAGCUUCUAAAAGAGUUCCCAAGAGAUCUGGUUUCUUUAAAGAGAGCACAAGUCUUGUGCUUCUACAUUGGUCGGCCUGAUCUUUCUUUAUCUCUUGUUGAACAGGUUCUAACUCAAAAUGAAAGAGAAAAUUACAUUUAUGGCAUGCUUGCUUUCCCUUUGUUGGAGCUUGGACGGAUGGAGGAUGCUGAGAAAGCUGCCAGAAGGGGAUUUGAAAUUAAUAAGCAAGACAUCUGGUCGCAGCAUGCUUUAUGCCAUGUUCUUCAGUACAAGUGCCAAUUUAGAGAAGCUGUUAAGUUCAUGGAAGAAUGCUCAUCAUCAUGGAGUUCUUCUUCAUCUUUUAUGUUGACACACAAUUGGUGGCAUGUGGCACUUUGUUACUUAGAAGGCAAUGCUCCAAGGCAAAGAGUGCUUGAGAUAUUUGACAACUAUAUAUGGAAGGAGCUGGACAAACAGGAUAAUGUGGGUGCAGAUAUUUACUUAAAUGCUGCAGGUCUGCUUUUGCGGUUGUAUGUACGUGGUGAAUUGGACAUGUAUGGUGAUCGUCUCAAGAGGCUUGCAGAAUGCGUAGCUAAUCAAGCAAACUGGUAUAUAGAGUGGCACCUUGAUGUAUUGAUAGUGUGGGCUUUGGCAAAGACUGGAGAAAUUUCUAAAGCAGAAGAUCUACUGAAGGGCUUAAAAGACAGGAUUUUGCGGAUGACUAAAAAGAAGCAACAACUAAUGCAGAGAGCAAUGAUGCUUGCAGAAGCACUUUAUGCAUAUGGAAGAGGUAACGACAGCCAUGGACUGGAAUUACUUGGUCCAAAUUUUGAUGCCACUGAUUGGAAGAUCAUUGGGGCAUCUGACGAACAAGUUGAUGUAUUCAAUGAAGUUUGGUAUAACAUGUUGCUGAAUAGUGGAAAAGCAGUGAAGGCAAUCGAAGUGAUGGAGCAGCGUAUCAAGAAAAGAGAUGGCAUCCCAUACAUGUGGCGUCUACUAGAGAGGGGAUACAAACUAGCAAACAGGCCAGAAGCUGAAGUUGCGAACGAGAAAGCCAAGGCUUUGGAGAGUCGUUAUUUUAGUUAAGGAAAUAAUCAAAGAAUCAAAUAAAAUCAAAUCUGGUCCAUCUGUUGUGUUGGGAAAAUAGCGUAUAAAAUAAAUGUCAGUGAAUUCGUAAAAAAUAAAGGUAACUGAUGAGCAUGGGGCGCAUGCUUGUGGUGGUGAAUGGUGAUGGGAAUUAGGAUUUCCCAUCGGUCAUGAAUGAAUUUGUGUUGGUGUAAUUGGAGCAUAUAUAACCUAUGAUUUUGCCUAUAUUUAGUGCAUUUUUGUAGU